GUGCCAGCCACGUGCCAAACCCUAACGGAGGGUGUUGUAUAUAAAAGGCCUGUUCGAUGUUUUAAAUGGCUGACCUCUCCGAAAGGGUUUCCACAGCCGUCUUUCCACCCUCGUUCUCGAUCUCGAGGACAGAAGAAAUGGCGCCGAAAAGAGCUGGAAAUGCCCCCGUCCCAGCAAAAAAGAAACGGGAGAAUGUUGUCAAUCCUUUGUUUGAGAAGCGCCCGAAGCAAUUCGGCAUUGGCGGAGCAUUGCCUCCGAAGAAGGAUCUGCGUCGUUUUGUCAAAUGGCCAAAGGUUGUCCGGAUUCAGAGGCAAAAAAGGAUUCUAAAACAGCGGUUGAAGGUUCCUCCUGCUCUUAAUCAGUUCACUCGAACAUUGGACAAGAACCUUGCAACAAAUCUGUUCAAAUUACUUCUCAAGUACAGACCUGAAGACCGAGCUGCUAAGAGGGAAAGGCUCCUUAAGAGGGCACAGGCUGAGGCCGAGGGAAAGACUCUUGAAGUUAAGAAACCCAUUGUUGUGAAGUUCGGGCUUAAUCAUAUUACGUACCUUAUUGAGCAGAACAAGGCACAGUUGGUGGUCAUAGCUCACGAUGUGGAUCCAGUUGAGCUUGUAGUUUGGCUACCAGCUUUGUGCAGGAAAAUGGAGAUUCCCUACUGUAUCGUCAAAGGAAAAUCCCGUUUGGGAGCGAUUGUGCAUAAGAAAACUGCAACUGCACUAUGUUUGACCACAGUGAAGAACGAGGACAAAUUGGAUUUCAGUAAAAUUCUCGAAGCCAUCAAGGCCAACUUCAACGACAAGUUUGAUGAGAUCAGGAGGAAGUGGGGCGGCGGCAUAAUGGGUUCUAAGUCUCAAGCAAAGGCCAAGGCCAAGGAGAAAUUGCUCGCAAAGGAAACUGCUCAGAGGAUGACAUAGGCUUUCAACUGCCAUAUUUUGACAUGUAGGGUUUUACGUUGAGUUCGUUUGUUAGCCUAACGCAUUGGCAACUGCAUUAGGUGUCACUGAAGUGUUCCCAUCAUUUUCUUCUUAAGGGUUCUGUGAACUUGACUGCUACAUACGUGAUGUCAGUUUUUUUA